GUGUCAUAGGGGGUGGGACUUGAAGGUUCGUGAAGUCUCGGUCAAAAGUAGUUCGAACAAGAUGGUAGCUUAUUGUUUACAUUGAUCAGCUGUGAGGAACAAACCAAUGACAAAGAAGAACUAUGGCAGCUUCUAUGCUCAAAUGGUUCCCAGGAACCCUUUACAACGCGGCACUCAAUAAGGUGGUGGAAUACUAUAAAAAUAGUUUGAGUGAAUUAAAAGUUUUUCCUCCUUCAGUACAAUUUGAUGUCCUUCAUGAGUUAUAUGAAUAUGGAUGUCUAUCACAACUUCGAGAAGAGCUAUGUGAUCUGGAUGUUCUUGCCCGUAUGCUCAAAGUUGUGGACAAGAGACAUCUCUUACAUCACUGCUUUCAGGCUCUGAUGGACCAAGCAUUGUCAGAUCAUCGCACUAAAAUCUCAACUUUACUGUCUAAGGAAUAUGUCCAAAGGUGUUCACAAGUAGAUUUAAGUAAUCAGCAGCAAAUAGAUAGUUUGGUUGUACAAGGGCUCUCAGUAUCAACAUUUUUAGCUGAGGCAGGAUGGCUACCAGAUGCAGAAAUUAUGUUAACAUCUUGCCAAGAACUCCUAGCAGACUCCACAGACCCACAACAGAUGACACGUGCACUAGAGUGUUGUCACAGAUUACUGCAUGUACAGAAUGGCUACUGUAGAUUUGAGGAAGCUGAGAGAACGUACAAUCAGGCAAUGCAGCUUGUCAAGCGUUUGCAGCAAGCCGGAGUAACCCCAAAUCUCUCUUCACUGUAUUCAGAGUUCUCUACAUUAUAUAUGCUCAGAUCAAAUUAUGCAGAAGCAUAUAGUUGGAGUGUUAAGGCUUUACAUGCUCUUGUUUCCAAUUUCCCAAAACCAGCUCUCAUAGAUGUGCUAAGACAGUCUGCAAAAGCAUGUGUAUUAAAACGUGAAUUCAAGAAAGCUGGGUUGCUAAUUAAACAGGCUGUCAUGAUAGCAACAGAAGUCUUUGGUGACAAGCAUCCUAAGUAUGCUGACACACUCAUUGACUACGGAUUCUACUUGUUAAACGUUGAUGCCAUCAGUCAAGGUGUACAGGUGUAUAAGACUGCCCUUGAAGUUCGUCAAUAUGUUUUUGGUGGUGUUAAUCUUCAUGUUGCCAUUGCCCAUGAAGACUUGGCAUAUGCAUCCUAUGUGCACAAUUAUGCAUUUGGAAAGUUUGAUCAUGCAAGAACUCAUGCAGAGAGGGCUAUAGAUCUGAUGUUGCGUCUGCUGCCAGAAGACCAUCUUCUUCUUUCAUCUAGUAAGAGGGUCAAAGCUCUUAUUUUAGAGGAGAUGGCUAUUGACAAUCCCAAUAAGGAUGUUGAGAAAAAGUACCUUGCUGAGGCUCAUUCCCUACACAAGGAGGCACUUGCCAUGGCCAUGCGAGCAUUUGGAGAAAUGAAUGUACAAACUGCUAAGCAUUAUGGCAACCUUGGUAGACUGUACCAGAGCAUGAGACAUUUUCAGGAGGCAGAGGAGAUGCAUCUCAAGGCCAUUAUGAUAAAGGAGCAGCUGCUUGGACCAGAAGAUUAUGAAGUAGCAUUAUCUGUUGGUCAUUUAGCCUCUCUCUAUAAUUAUGACAUGAUGAAGUACGACAAGGCUGAAUCAUUAUAUUUGCGUUCAAUUGCAAUUGGUAAGAAACUUUUUGGUGAAGCAUACUCAGGACUGGAAUAUGAUUACCGGGGUCUGCUGCGAGUGUAUUCCAUCCAGGCUAAUAUGGAGAAAUGUUUCAAAUAUCAGGGUAUUUUAGCGUACUGGAAAUUGUUACGUGAUGAAGCGCAAGAAACACAAACUUCUCCGUUCGUUGAACUAAGUGAACCUCUCAGAGUUUUAGACACUGUAAAUCAGUUUAUGACAAUGUAAAUAAAAGUGAUUACAUGCUGCAGAACAUUUCUUUGCAAUAUUAAAGAUACAUUGUUUUAUUACUCAGCUGUUAUGUGGUAAGUAGAGUGUAUGUCACUCAACUAUUGAAAGGCUAGGAGAGUUCUAAAGUGACUCAACCAGUGACAGGUGCCUGUUAGAGGAACUGUUUGUGUAUGGAGUUAAUCUCAUUCAAAUUCAAAUUGGCAUUCCAAAAUAGACAUAGAAUUGGGAACACUCACAGAGUUGUUGGUCAGAUUGCUGCUCUCUAGUACACUUGUGUUCUGGGGUCUUGCUCCACCUGCUUUUUGUGUUUGUGGAGAAAUGACUAAUGCAUUGAUCAAGAUUGCAGCAACAGCUGUGUGUUGAUGAAACAUCCACUUUCAAUUUGUGCAAAAUGACUGGGAGAUUGCCAUUACUAGGCAAGAAUUCAGGUCAGCCCUGUUUUGUUGUUGUGUUUAGAGUUUGUUUUCAGUGCUCAUUCACAUGCCCCUAUUUCCAUAUGGAAAGGAGGGUUUUCUGAGCUAUUUUAGCAAUAAUGUUUAAGAGAUGAAAUCACAAAUGUGUGUAUCAUAGACAAACAUUAAUAAAGUAAGGUAAUAU